UUCCUUUGCAGUCCAUCCCUGUGGCUCCUGCUCAUCCCUCCACUCUCCAGCAGCAUUCCGAGAUGACACCGGAUCAAACCCAGCAUGGACUCGGGAUCUACCCCCAAAGCUGCCACGUCAUUCGACGUCCACGCCACCUCGGCGGUCACGGUCCACAUCAUCCACAGCCCCACCACAAAGCCCAUGAUUAACUCCAGGUGGCCCCUGGAUCCCGACAUAGAGGUCGUGGUGACGAUUGAUGUCACCAGCAGGACCGUCAAUGACAAUAAGGUUAAGAUCUCCUACUAUGGCCGGGAGGGCAACGAGCUGGCGGUGGCCUGGCUGUACCUCACGUGUGUCGAUGUGUCCCUGGACGUGGACUGGAGCCGGAGUGGCAGAGUGAAGAGCAAAGGGAAGGACAAGGCCAAGUGGACAUGGGGUCCGGAUGGACACGGUGCUGUGCUGCUGGUCAACUGUGACCGGGACAGCCCCGGCACGGGGGGGCCGGACAGCGGCCAGGCGGACAUACGGACCCCCGCAGACCUGAAGGACAUGUCCAUCAUGCUGCUGAGGACCCAGGGGCCCAGCGCCACCUUCGCCGAGUACCAGGUGGUCCUGCACGUCUCCGAGACGGACGCGGAUAAAGUGCGGGUUUUCCACGCUAUCCGGAGUGACUCACACCCCCACUACAAGCCCGUGCUGGGGCCGGACAAGCUCUCCUACGUGCUGGACCCCGUCGGCAGUGGGGAGAACACCUUCUACGUGGAAGGGUUGGCCUUCCCUGACAGGGGCUUCUCGGGCCUGGUUUCCUUCAGUGCCAGCUUGCUGGAGGUCCCCCACAAGAAUUCCCCGGGCACCCCGAUUUUCACGGAUACGGUGGUUUUCCGCGUGGCUCCCUGGAUAAUGACCCCCAACACCCAACAGCCUUUGGAGGUUUUUGUCUGCAGCAUCAAGCAGGGCUCAGAUUCCAACGAGGCCUUUCUGGAAGGGAUCAAGGUCCUGCUGAAGAAAGCCAACUGCAAGCUGACCAUCUGCUCAGAGCAGGACACCCGGAGCGACCGCUGGAUCCAGGAUGAGCUGGAGUUUGGCUACGUGGAAGCGCCACACAAGACCUUCCCCGUGGUCUUUGACUCUCCCAGGAACAGAGGAUUGAAGGAUUUUGCCUUUAAGAAGAUCCUGGGCCCUGAUUUUGGCUACGUGACCCGUGAACCCCCCGGGAAAAACAUCACCAGCCUGGACUCCUUCGGCAACCUGGACGUCAGUCCCCCGGUGACGGUGCGAGGGAAGGAGUAUCCCUUGGGAAGGAUCCUGAUCGGCAGCCCCCUGCCUUGGGCUGCGGGCCGGAGGAUGUCCAAGGCUGUCCGGGAUUUCCUGUACGCCCAGAAGGUGCAGGCGCCGGUGGAGGUUUACUCGGAGUGGCUGAGCGUGGGCCACGUGGAUGAAUUCCUCACCUUCGUCCCGGCCUUCGACAGGAAGGGAUUCCGGCUCCUCCUGGCCAGUCCCAACGCCUGCUACAAGCUCUUCAAGGAGAAGCAGAGGCAGGGCCACGGGGAAGCCACCCAGUUCAUUGGGCUGAAGGGCAGCGAGAGGAGGAGCAUUGACGAGAUCCUGGCGGACGAGUCGCUCAAGAGCGACAACAGGCACGUGCAGCGCUGCAUCGACUGGAACCGUGACCUGCUGAAGCAGGAGCUGGGCCUGAGCGAGCAGGACAUCAUCGACAUCCCCCAGCUCUUCAUCCUCAUGGGCUCCCGCGCCGACGCCCUCUUCCCGGACAUGGUGAACAUGCUGGUGCUGGGCAGGCACCUGGGCAUCCCCAAGCCCUUCGGGCCCGUGGUGGGUGGGCAGUGCUGCCUGGAGCAGCGCGUGCGGGAGCUGCUCGAGCCCCUGGGCCUCACCUGCACCUUCAUCGACGACUAUUUCUCCUACCACGUCCUGUCCGGGGACGUUCACUGCGGCACCAACGUCCGCAGGAAGCCCUUCCCCUUCAAGUGGUGGCACGUGGUGCCUUGAGGCCCCCGGGGACACACCCAGGUCCUGCCACCGGGGGUUGA